CCCAUUAAGAUCUCUCGAACAUUUCAAACCGCGUUCACACUUUUAGUCCCUCCCAUCAUCAAUCAGUUAGCUCAUCACUAUCGUCACUCUCUCUCUUUCAAGCUUCUCUGCGUGCGAGUUGGUCAAACAACAGUUGCAGGAUAGUGAAGAAGGAGAUGGAUCAUCAAAAUGGAUACGGUGUGGAAGUUACUGGUUUAUCACCAGCUGUCACUGAGAAAGAUCUCGUGGAAUUCUUCUCCUUCUCUGGUGCAAUUGAACAUAUUGAUAUUGUCAAGUCUGGUGAGCAAGCGUGCACUGCUUAUGUGAUGUUCAAGGAUUCUUAUUCUCAAGAAACUGCUGUUUUACUCACUGGAGCAACGAUAUUGGAUCAGCGCGUUUGCAUCACUCGUUGGGGACAGCAUCACCAGGAGUUCGACUUCUGGAACGCGACUCCGCGGAGCUUUGAAGAUGAAGCUAACUCACAUCCUCCUCAUCCUCAACGAGGUGAGUUCAACGCCGGAGAAGCAGUGACAAAAGCUCAAGAAGUGGUGAAAACAAUGCUGGCCACUGGCUUCGUGUUAGGCAAAGACGCUUUAACCAAAGCCAAAGCCUUUGACGAAUCCCACGGUGUAUCAGCUGCGGCAGCUGCUAGGGUAUCUCAACUAGACCAGAGGUUCGGUCUCGCUGACAAAAUCUUCGCUGGGGUUGAAGCUGUCAGAUUGACCGACCAGAAGUACCAUGUUUCAGACAAAGCCAAAUCAGCCGUCUCUGCCACGGGAAGAACCGCUGCUGCAGCUGCAAGUAGCGUUGUCAAUAGCAGUUACUUCUCCAGCGGAGCUCUUUGGCUGUCCGGUGCGUUGGAGCGGGCGGCUAAGGCUGCGUCUGAUCUCGGUAGCCGCGGACCAAGGCAGUGAAUAGACCCGACGAACUGAUCAGAACCGUAUUCAUCUGUGAAUAUGCAUGUGAUGCAAAGGUGAUAAUGAAUAAACUUACUGGCUUGAUUAUAAACUGUGUAUCAAAACGAAUACUAUAGACAAAGACGUGCCACGUGGACUCAUACGGAUGGAUUAUGUCUUUCGAUAGAGCUUUGGCCACGUGGCGCAAUAUGUACCAAUGAUAGGAUGCAAAAAACACAGAACUUAUCCUCUCUCUCGCUCACUCCACUCGAACAAGAAGGCUUUUAUCAUGGCUGCUUCCUCAAUUCCGCCGUCAACCAUCAUCGUUCGCAAAUCGCUCCUCCUCUCCACCACCACUUUCUCCUUCCCCGCUUCUUCCUUGUUUCCCUCCAUCAAAUUACCUCAAAAACACACUCACAGAAGACUUCUCCUAGCUUCCUCCUCCUCCGCCGCCGUUCCUUCCGACUCCAAACCGGCAGCGAAGAAAGAAACUGUCUAUUUCGACGGCGGAGCACACUACGGGGAUCUACUGGCCAACCUCGUCUUAGGCCUAACCAUCCUCUGGCUCCCACUAACGCUAGCAGCCGUGUCUCGAGCGUUUAACCUCCGUUACAGGUUCACCAACCUCCGCGUGACGGUGAUAUCGGGGCUCACCGGGGAAGACCGGAGCGACUUCUCGUACAAGGUGAUCAAGGACGUCCAGGUUGUGCCGAGGUUCAUAGGAGAAUGGGGUGACAUCAUCAUCACGCUGAGAGACGGGACGAAGGUGGAUCUGAGAAGCGUUCCUAAGUUCAGAGAGAUCGCUAAGUACUGCUUAUCCAUGGCUGAUCAACCUGCCGUUGUCAAAGAAUCUGGUGCUAAAGGCUUCUGAAAAAUGUUUGGCAAAAUGAUAAAGUUUUAAAUCUUUUGUGAUUUGAUUGUUCAGUAGAAUUCGAGCCGUUUUCAUGUUCUCUGUAUCUUUCUAUCAUAGUUAUCUCUAUGUGGGAGAACUACGUGUUUACGAUAUAAGCGCGCUUUUACUUUA